UACAAAAAUCUUCAUUGCAGGUUGGACUAUGUGCCCAGAGCUUUUCAAAGUUGCUGCUUUCCCCUCGCAGGUGUUUGCUGUUCGAUCUGGCGGAGCUACUGGGGUGGUCGUUAAAGGCCCAGAUGACAGGAAUCCCAUCUCAUUUAGGAUGGAGGACAAAGGAGAAGUGAAGUGCAUUAAGUUUUCCUUAGAAAAUAAGAUCCUGGCUGUUCAGAGGACCUCAAAGACCGUGGAUUUUUCUAAUUUCAUCCCAGAUAGCUCUCAGCUGGAGUACACGCAGGAGUGCAAGACCAAAAAUGCUAACAUACUAGGAUUCUGCUGGACCAGUUCUACUGAAAUUGUCUUCAUAACAGAUCAAGGAAUUGAAUUUUACCAGGUCUUACCAGAGAAGCGGAGCCUGAAACUCCUAAAGAGCCAGAACAUCAACGUGAACUGGUACCUGUACUGUCCUGAGAGCGCCGUCGUCCUGCUGUCUACCACGGUGCUCGGGAAUGUGCUGCAGCCCUUCUAUUUCCGGGCUGGCACUAUGUCGAAGCUGCCCAAGUUUGAGAUCGAAUUACCAGCUGCACCGAAGUCCACUAAACUGAACCUUUCCGAGAGAGACAUUGCCAUGGCGACAAUAUACGGGCAGCUGUACGUGCUCUUCCUGAGGCACCACUCGCGGACGUCCAACAGCACGGGAGCGGAAGUUGUCCUCUACCACCUGCCACGAGAAGGUGCCUGCAAAAAGAUGCACAUACUGAAGUUAAGCCGGACGGGGAAGUUCGCCCUCAACGUGGUGGACAACCUGGUGGUCGUGCAUCACCAGGACACAGAGACGUCGGUGAUAUUUGACAUCAGGCUAAGGGGAGAGUUCGAUGGCACCGUCACCCUCCAUCACCCGGUGCUUCCCGCCCGAUCGAUUCACCCCUAUCAGAUCCCCGCGGCAGGUCCUGCUCCCGUGACCAGCCAGUCCCCCGUCCCGUGUAAACUCUAUUCUUCGUCCUGGAUCGUCUUUCAACCUGACAUCAUCAUCAGUGCGAGCCAAGGUUACCUCUGGAACCUCCAAGUGAAACUUCAGCCCAUAGUAAACCUCUUGCCAGAUAAAGGAAGACUCAUGGACUUUCUCCUCCAGAGAAAGGAAUGCAAGAUGGUCAUCCUGUCUGUCUGCUCGCAGAUGCUGACCGAGUCAGACAGAGCAACGCUGCCGGUGAUAGCCACUGUUUUUGACAAACUCAAUCAGGAGUAUAAGAAGUACCUGGACGCUGAGCAGAACUACACGAUGGCAAUGGAGGCCGGGCAGAGCCGGAGCAGCCCGCUCCUCAGGAGGCCAGUGCGGACCCAGGCAGUGGUCGACCAGUCGGACAUGUACACCCACGUCCUAUCGGCCUUCACAGAAAAGAAGGAGACACCUCAUAAAUUUGUGAUCGCCGUGCUGAUGGAGUACAUCCGCUCUCUGAACCAGUUCCAGAUUGCAGUACAGCAUUACUUACACGAACUCGUCAUCAAGACGCUGGUCCAGCACAACCUCUUCUACAUGCUGCACCAGUUCCUGCAGUACCACGUCCUCAGCGACUCCAAGCCUCUGGCUUGUCUGCUGUUAUCUCUGGAAAGUUUUUAUCCUCCUGCUCAUCAGCUAUCUCUGGACAUGUUGAAGCGACUUUCCACAGCCAAUGAUGAGAUAGUGGAAGUUCUUCUUUCCAAACACCAGGUGUUGGCUGCCUUAAGGUUUAUCCGGGGCAUUGGUGGUCACGACAACAUUUCUGCACGAAAAUUUUUAGAUGCCGCAAAACAGACGGACGACCACAUGCUUUUCUACACUAUAUUCCGGUUUUUUGAACAGCGAAACCAGCGUUUACGAGGGAACCCUAGUUUCACACCAGGAGAACACUGUGAAGAACAUGUUGCUUUUUUCAAACAAGUUUUUGGAGACCAAGCUCUCAUGAGGCCUGCAACGUUCUGAGGUCACUUGCUAGUUUUUUUUAUAUAUAUAUAUAUAAAAACAUGUAUAAAGUUAAUUUAUUGCAUUAAUAAAGCUCUUUAAACUACAAAA